AUGGCGAGUACUGAAGAAUCUAAUGAAAUUCAUUUGAGAAAUAGACUAGGAAAAAAUGAGGACAGUGGUGUUGUAAAUAGCUUUGGCUCAAUGGACAUUGGCAGAGGACAUAGGUUGCGAAGUGAAACUGAUAGUUUUCCAAUCAUUAAUGAAAGGCCUGUGGACGAUAUUUCUAUUGAAUUUUUUUAUACUCCUCACACAUUAACAUUAUUAUUUCUAUCAAUUAGUGCUGUAAUCUACUUUGCCUUUGUCAGAGACAACCAUGAUGUUGAUGACAAUUUAUGGGCUGGAAUGUUAUGUGUUAUAUUUUUUUUCCUUAUAAUAUCAGUAUUGACAUUCCCAAAUGGACCAUUUACAAGGCCACAUCCAGCUCUUUGGCGAAUUGUCUUCGGCUGCAGCGUUCUCUACCUCAUGUUUUUAUUAUUCAUGCUAUUUCAAAGCUACGAAACUGUCAGAAAAAUACUCGUGUGGGUAGACCCAGGUCUGGCGGCAUUUCAUAUUGAUAUGGACAAAGAGUAUGGAGUAAACUGUUCAGAUAUUACCGUAGAAAAAAUUUGGAAUCACCUCGAUAUCUUUGCUGUAGCACAUUUUCUCGGUUGGGUUUUUAAAGCCGUUCUUGUUCGUCAUCUGGGAUUACUUUGGGCCACAAGUAUAAUGUGGGAGUUAACAGAAAUGGCAUUCGCACAUUUAUUACCAAAUUUCGUUGAAUGCUGGUGGGACGCUGUUAUUCUCGACGUAGCAGUAUGCAAUGCACUUGGUAUUUGGGUUGGUCUGAAAAUAUGUUCAAUUCUAGAGAUGCGAGAAUAUAAAUGGGUCAGUAUACGUGACAUUGAGAGUACAUCAGGAAAAUUGAAACGUGUUGUACUUCAAUUUACACCGGCAAGCUGGACUUCUGUACGGUGGCUGGAUCCUUACUGUACAUAUAUGCGGUUUGUUGCUCUCUGUCAGCUAGUUAUUUUCUGGCAAAUUUCUGAACUCAAUACCUUCUUUCUGAAACAUGUUUAUGAAUUUCCACCGUCACAUCCAUUUGUCGUGAGCCGAUUACUUCUUGUUGGCGUUAUUGUUGCACCCUCUGUUAGGCAAUAUUAUAUGUAUGCUACGGAUCCGACAUGCAAACGAGUUGGUACUCAGUGCUGGGUGUAUGGUGCGAUAAUGGUAACCGAAGCAUUACUGUGCAUUCGUCAUGGUGCUGAACUUUUUGAACGAACACAGGCUGUGAAUAUUAUAGUUUGGUUACUAUGUCAAACAUUGAUAUCAGUUUUAUGUGUCUACGGCUGUGUUCUUUGGCAUCAAUACUUUGAGAAAGGGAAUAGUGCAUUGACGCGGGACAUAACGCCCACAACACCGGAAUCAUCUGGAAUCUUGGAAGACACUAAAAAACAAUCUAUGGACAAUCGUGAAGACAAAAAAGAGCUGUAG